CGCGGCGGCGCGGUAGAUUGCCGCGCGUGCGCAGGCCGAGCGGCCGCGAUUAGUUGGUGCCGCCGCGGCGAGUCCAGCGCAGAGUGGAGCAGCCAUUGGAGAUGCGUGACGUUCUGUUCUGAGGAGCGGCCAGCGGCGCAAUGGAGCGGGCCAGGGACCGCUUACACCUGAGACGGACUACAGAACAACACGUACCAGAGGUGGAAGUCCAAGUCAAACGCAGAAGGACAGCCUCACUGAGCAACCAGGAGUGUCACCUGUACCCGAGGCGGUCACAGCAGCAGCAGCCCCAGCAAGUGCCUGUGGUGGACUUCCAGGCGGAGCUGAGACAGGCAUUCUUAGCUGAGACGCCAAGAGGUGGUUAAAGCCAGUGUUGGAGCAGCCAGGUAGCUGAUUGCAAGCAGAAAGAAAUAACAGGUUAGAGCUGAUGCAUUCAUGAUCAAGAAUAAAGAACUAGUGAAAGAGGAGGGUGUUUGGAGGUCACGUAAUUAUUUGGGAUAUGUUGAAAGAUUUUUUUUUUCCUUAAAGGCUCCAUACAAAUAAACACAUUGCAGAAAGUUUAAAAAAGUAAAAGCAGGACCUUAAUGCUUUUAUCCUGAUGACACUUGUCAUGUAUUUCCAGCCAUUGUAGUCUUUGCUUUCUAGGUAGUUUUAUUCAUACUUAACUUGUACUAAUUUUCAGCCUAAUAUAUGAAAAAAUAAUUCAUUAUAAAUGGCUGUUGAGUUACCCUGCUAAUAUAUUUUCUAAUUCCCUAUUGUGAAAAAUUUCAUUUUCUUCUGCUGAUGGUUUAAAUAAAGCUUCAGUGAAUUGCUUUACAUAAGACAUUAGAUAGAAUAAUUUCCUUGGAUAUGCAAAUGUAAAAAUUGAAUCAAGGAAUAUGAAUUUUUUAAAUUUAAUUACAAAACAUUAGUCAGUCUUUAUCACCUUGAAAAAAUAUAUCGCCAGUUACAAUACACUUCCAUCUGCAUUGGUUAUUUUAAUUACAUAUCAGUUGUGUCUGUUGAAUUAUAAAUACACAUCACACCAUUAGCAAAUGAGAAGCUUAAUAUUUCUCCAUACUUAUUUACUAAUUACUCCUUUUUUGUUGUCUUUUUCUCACUUUUUUACCAAUGUAUUUGAAUCCUCUGACAAUGUAAUAAAGCUAUUAUCCAUUA